GCCGUCUCUCCCAUCGAUCCUAUCCCUCUCCCCUUCGCCCUGUACAUACCACAUUCACCUUCCCGACCUCCAUCAAUCACCACCGCAUCAAUCGCCCCCAUAUUCACCCUUGUCGACAAAAUCACACGUCCAGCAAUAAUAGAUCAUUGAAGAACGAGAUGGCCACAGCGGAAUCAUUGUCUGCGGAGAUCGAGGAACAGACGAAGUUGUUCAAUAAGUUGAGGUUAGAGAAUGCGGAACCGGCUGCGAUGGAGGAUGUUAGGAAGAGGCUUGGGGAGUUGAAGAAGGCUUUGGGACAGUUGAAUGCGCAGGCUGGAGGGAGUGGAAAGAAGAAGGAGAGGCUGCUGUUGAAGACACCAAAGGGUACACGAGACUAUGGCCCCGGCGAGAUGUUCUGUCGUGAACACGUCGAACGCAUCGUCAAAGAAUGUUUCGUGCUCUAUGGCGGAUGUGCCCUCGAUACCCCCGUCUUUGAACGAAAAGACAUCCUCGCAGGCAAAUACGGCGAGGACGCGAAGCUGAUCUUCGACCUUGAAGACCAGGGUGGCGAACAGCUCGCACUGCGAUACGAUCACACCGUUCCGCUUGCACGAUACCUCGCCAUGGGAGGCGCGACGAACACGCAGUCGAAACUGUGGCAGGUGGGGAAGGUGUAUCGGAGAGAUAAUCCUGUGAUGAGCAAGGGGAGGAUGAGAGAGUUCUUGCAGGCGGACUUUGAUAUCUCGGGAAUAUGGGACUCGAUGAUUCCGGAUGCGGAGAUCAUCAGUCUGGUGUGCACAAUCCUUUCACGGUUGGAUGUUGGGACAUUCACUAUCAAGCUCAACAACCGUAAAAUUCUGGAUGGUAUCUUCGAAGUCUGUGGCGUUCCAGCCGACAAGAUUCGCCCAAUAUCCUCAGCUGUGGAUAAGCUGGACAAGCUUCCUUGGGCAGAUGUCAAGAAGGAGAUGACAGAAGAGAAGGGCCUUGACCCAGUUUGCGCAGACAAGAUCGGCGAGUAUGUCAAGUACAAAGGCGGAAAGGAUCUUUUGGAGCAACUUCUCACAGACGCCACACUGACCGCCAACUCAAGAGCGAAAGAAGGUCUCGAAGAGAUGAAGACCCUCUUCUCCUACCUUGAGGUGUACAAAGUCAUAGACAAGAUCUCAUUCGACCUCUCUCUCGCACGAGGUCUCGACUACUACACCGGCAUCAUCUACGAAGCCAUCGUCGAAGCCUCCGCACCUCCAGGUUUCAAAUCCGCCAACGCCCUCGCCGCCUCUGAUGCCCCCCAAACCGCCCCUCAACCAGCACCCCCCUCCAAAAAGAAAUCCAAAAAAUCCGCUGCGGCAGAACCCGAAGAAGAAGAGAUCGACGAAUCCCAGGUCGGAGUGGGGUCGAUCGCUGCAGGCGGUCGAUACGAUAACCUCGUUGCGAUGUUCACAUCCGCUGCAGCUGGGGAGACGAAGAAGGGCAUGCCGUGUGUGGGUAUCAGUAUUGGGAUGGACAGGAUCUUCGCGCUCGUGUGGCCGAAAUGGGUGGAGAAGGGGAUGAGGAGUAAGGAGGUUAUGGUGUAUGUGAUGGCUGCGGGUGAUGGGCUGUUGAAAGAGAGGAUGGAGUUGGUGCAGGAGUUGAGGGAGGCUGGUAUCAAGACCGACUUCUUGGCCAAGAACAAGCCAAAACUUCCUGCUCAAUUCGCUGCCGGCGAACGAGACGAAGUCCCCUUCGCGAUCAUCCUCGGCGCAGACGAGCUGAAGGCUGGGCUCGUGAAGGUCAAGGAGCAGAGAUGGCAGCUCGUCGACGGGAAAAAGACGAAGGUCGAGUCGUCCGAAACUGGUCAGGAAGUGAAGAGGGCUGAAUUGAUCGAUUGGCUCAAGAGUACGCAGGCGUUCAAGGAGUGGUCGACUGGCAAGUGGAUGUGAGGUGGCUACAAAACCGUAGAAGCUACAUAUUGCUAGAGAAGUAUUUUAGGUGUAGUCCUGUAUAUCGUUUUCGAUCCUUUGUCUGGAUCAAUCAGGUCUUAGCGUCC